ACAUUUCAGACCAAAAAUAUCUUAUCCUCUCUACCUCUGCGCACAAAUAUCUUCUCUUUUUCGGAUACAAUCUUCAUCUUUCUCUCUUAUCCUUCUUCUUUGGAGAGGAAAACAAAAAGAAAAAUGACUGCAACAUGCCUCCCUUUAUACACACCUGCAACUUCAAUCAUAACCAAAAGCUCAACCCCAAAACCUUACACUUUCAGCACCUCAACUUCUAAGAAGUUGCCAAUAUAUCAUCACUCCUUUACAUGCAAAGCUUCAGCUUCGCCAUCUUCUUCCAUCAUGGAUUUUGAUCUUUAUGAUCUUCUAGGCAUCGAUAGUUCCUCAAAUCAUUCACAGAUUAAAACAGCUUAUCGCGCUUUACAAAAGCGCUGCCACCCUGACAUUGCUGGGCCAGCAGGGCAUGACAUGGCCAUCAUUCUUAAUGAAGCUUAUUCAGUUUUAUCUGAUCCAGGUUCACGUUUGGCUUAUGACAAGGAACAAGCAAAGAUGGCAGAGCUGAGGGGCUAUACAGGGAAACCUUUAUAUUCAGUGUGGCGUGGAUCAGAAAGUGAGCAACGAGCAGUGUUUGUAGAUGAAGUCAAGUGCGUUGGUUGCUUAAAAUGUGCCUUGUUUGCGGAAAAGACGUUUGCUAUUGAAUCUCUAUAUGGAAGAGCACGAGUUGUGGCUCAAUGGGCUGAUUCUGAACACAAAAUCCUGGAGGCGAUAGAAGCUUGCCCUGUUGAUUGCAUUUCCAUUGUGGAGAGGUCGGACCUCGCAGCGCUGGAAUUUUUAAUGUCCAAGCAACCGCGAGGCAAUGUUAGAGUUGGUGUAGGCAACACCGUGGGAGCACGUGUUUCAAACAUAUUUGUUGAUGUGAAGAAAUUUCAAACGAGAUUUGUUGAUGCCAUAGACAAAGCUGCUACCAAAGAAUCCAAGGAGGCAGACCUCCGUAGAGAAGCAAGGAUGUCAGCAAUUCAUGCGAUCAAAUCAAUUUCAAACUGGUGGUACUGGCAGUCACCCAAUGCAGGAACACCAGUAGCAGAAUCUCAACUUAGCUUGACACAUGUUCCUCCAAAGUCAUCAGCACCAAACAUUAACAAGCUCCGCGAUGCUGCUGCUGCUAGAAAACAAGCAAGAGAGAGUUCAAGAACCGUUGGAACUCGUAUCCCAUCAAGUUAUUUGCAUCACGAUGAGUAUUGGAUGCCAUCAAGACAAGCUCUUCCAGCUUCAAUUCAUAACAGCUCUAGCUCUAAAGUUUCAUCAAAGCCUUUGCAAACUAAUGAGAGGAAGGAAACAGACGACAAAAUAUUUUAUAAAGAUAGGAGGAAGAGAAACCCGGUCGAAUGGGGAAUUCCAAUGGUGGCCGCAAUAAUUGCUGCUGUUAUAGUUCGGCAACAAGUUGGAGACAGAGUGGUUGGUGAAAUAACAGAACAUAUAGGCGGUUCUUUGGCACUAACAAUGGUUAAUAGCUCUUGGCUACAGGUUAUUUUAGCAGGAAUUACAUGGUAUUUGAUCGGAUCUGCAGUGGUGGAGGUAAUAGAAACUAUUAGGAAUAGGUGAGAAAGUUACACUGAACAGGAGGAAACUUUCAUUGAUUUAUAGUAUAUAAAAUGGAUGUGAAGUUCAUUUGCAUAAUGACAAAAUUUCAUAGCUAAAUAAAAAGUUUAUAAUUA